UAGACAACGCUACUGUUAACAUUUUUACUUCCGUCAACACGCUUCUAACUAUACCGGACUCAAGUUUAUUUUAAGAGCUGCACUUUGAUCGCGACUACAAAUGAGUCCAUGACCAUGUCCGGCAUGUUGUUCCGAUUCGGCGUUAUUGUCACCGCAGACUCGCCGCACGUCGAGCUCUUUAUUUUGGGUUCGCGCGAGGAGAUGGGCCAGUGGGAUCCGAGCAAGGCCGUUCGGAUGAGAGCCUGUCGGAGCUCGGUGUCGACCCGGGAGCCGUGCCUGUGGCUCGGUGACGUGCGGUUGCGGGAGCCCUUUAAGGACACACUGUGGUUUAAGUUCAUCCGAAGAACGGACGGCAAUUAUGUUUGGGAAGGCAACGGGCCACACCACGACAGAACAUGCACCUAUGACGAGCAGAAUGUGGUGGACGGCGUCUACUGCCACCCGAUCGGCCACUGGAUCGAAGAGACGGGCCACACGGACGAGAUGAAGCACACCACCAACUUCUACUUUAGCGUGGCUGGUCAGAAUGCCAUGCACUUCUCCAGGGUGCUACCGAGGCUUUGGCUGGGGAGCUGUCCUCGGCGAGCGGAACACAUGACUAUCAAAAUGAAGCAUGACCUUGGCAUCAGCGCGGUGAUGAACUUCCAGACGGAGGAGGACGUGGUGAACAACUCCCACGGCUGCCGAGAGAACCUUGACGAAGCCAUGACGCCUGACGCCGUGAUGAAGUUGUAUAACCGCUGCGGCCUCGCCUACGUGUGGAUCCCCACGCCCGACAUGAGCACUGAGGGUCGCAUCCGGAUGCUCCCUCAGGCAGUGUUCUUGCUUCACGGUCUGCUGGAGAACGGCCACACCGUUUACGUCCACUGCAACGCCGGCGUGGGCCGCUCCACGGCCGCCGUGUGCGGCCUACUCAUGUACGUGCUGGGCUGGAGCCUCAGGAAGGUCCAGUACGUCGUGACCGCCAGGAGACCCGUCGUGUACAUAGACGAGGAGGCUCUAGUGCGAGCCCGGGACGACUUUGUUGCCAAGUUUGGCACGCUGCGAUCUUCCGUCUUAGAGAUGUGAGGAUGGAGACUUGGACAUCCUCCAAAAAGGCUUGCCAAAGAAUUUGAAUGCGUCUUACUGGAAUAUUCUUUGUGUUACAUUUUGAAGUGCUCACAAAGACUUUUUCAUGCUUGCAGAAUGGCUGAGCGCUUUGAGUCAUGCGUGUGGAAUAAAAAUCCAUAUGGAAAGAAGAGGCUAAAUAUACAGAUUUACAUGCAUUGCAAUUAAAAUGAGUGAAGAUGCAUGUGGCUUCUUGAAGGGAGAUAACCUACUUUCAAUGUAACUCCAAAUUUAAAUAAAUGUUGUCUUUGGG